GGAAGGUGGAUUGAACCAUGUGCAUUUUGUGCAAAGCUGCGUGCGUGGUUGAUUAAUUUUAACUGAAAUUAUGUGUCAAAUUAAAAUUAACAAACGAUAAGAAUAUCAAAGUCUCUGGGAACGGAAAAUUGGGUGAAUCUGACAGUGCGAAGUGCAUUCCUCACAAUCUAGGAGGAUAACACAGGGUGAAGGGCGAAGCCCAAAUUUACACUUUAAUCAUGUCGCAAACACAUCGGCAAAACAACCAACUUCCCAACAACAUCCCCCAACUGCAAAAUUUGAUAAAACGUGAUCCUGAAAGUUACAAGGAAGAAUUUGCCCAACAACUUUCACAUUUUGGUGCAAUGUUUAAAAUUUUUCUUCUCACGCCCAACGAGUACAACAAGGAUUUAGACGACCUGUUCAUCUUCCUCGGCCAAGUAGCUCGCUGCUAUUCCGAACAACUCGCCGGCUAUCCACAACAAUUAAUGGAUGCUCUUGAGAAGUUUGGAAGUGUUUUAAACACAGAAAAUCGGCUCAGCAUGUGUCGAGCGUUAAUUUUGAUGAGGAACAAGAAUCUUCUCGAACCUACCGAUUUGCUCCCCUUGUUCUUUAGACUACUCCACUGUCAGGACCAGAAACUCCGAAAAUACUUGGAAACUCAUAUCAUCGCAGAUAUCAAGAGUGUGAAUUCCAAACACAAGAACAUGAAAGUCAACACCGUCCUGCAGAACUUUAUGUAUGGCAUGAUUAAGGAUGGGAAUGUCAAAGCUACCAAGAUGUCGCUCAACAUUAUGAUUGAGCUGUACAGAAAAAAUAUUUGGAAUGAUACCAAGACCGUAAACGUUCUUGCAAAUGCCUGCUUCUCCAAAGUGACAAAAGUAAUGGUUACCGCAAUCCAGUUCUUCCUUACUUCUGAGAAACCUGACGACUCGGACAGCGAUUCCGACUCCGACGCCCCUAAUGUAAAAGAUGUCGCAAUGGCAAACAGAUUCAAUAAGAAGACACGUAAAAGAGAAAAAAAUCUGGACAAAAUGAAAGUGCUCAUGAAGAAGAAACGAAACAAGGGGAAGGCUCCAAACUACAAUUUUUCCGCUCUCCACCUCCUCCACGAUCCGCAGGGCUUUGUCGAGAGGCUGUUUAAACAGUUGGAAUCGAUGAAUGAGCGAUUUGAAGUUAAGUUGAUGACCCUCGACCUAAUUUCGCGCUUAAUCGGGACCCAUCAACUCAUCUUGCUUAAUUACUACCCGUACGUAAAACGAUUUUUGCAGCCACAUCAGCGUGACGUAACCAAGAUUCUACAAUUCUCCGCCCAAGCAGCCCACGACCUCGUCCCUCCCGACGCUAUUGAAGGAGUCGUAGAAACCAUUGCGAAUAACUUUGUGACGGAGAGGAAUUCGGCCGAUGUGAUGGCGGUUGGGCUGAAUGCGAUCAGAGAGCUGUGUGGGAGGUGUCCGCUGGCAAUGAACAGGGACCUUCUCCUCGACCUGGCCUUGUAUAAAUCCUACAGAGAAAAAAGUGUAAUGAUGGCGGCGAGGAGUUUAAUUCAUCUCUUCCGAGAUAUCAAUCCCGACAUGUUGCACAAGAGGGAUAAACGAAAACCAACGCUGGCAGAUGCAGAGAAAACGACAAAACAAUUUGGACAAAUUGAUGCCAAGGAGCUUAUUCCUGGAGCGGAAGCUUUGAUUCGUAACCCGGAUGAUGAUGAUGACGAAGAGGUUGACGAAGUUAGUGAUGAGGACGAUGAUAGUGGUGAUGAUGGGGAAGAAUGGGUCAAUGUGUCUCACUCUGAAGAUGAAGGAGAAAGUGAUGAUGAUGCUGAAGAAGAAGAAACAUCCGACAAGGACGGAGAAGAUAAUAAAGACGAUAAAGUCGAAAAUAUUUCAGAAGAAAAUGCCGUGAAGACCGCGAUUGAUCCUGCCGUCCGAAAAGAAAUGGCCAAAGAUCUAAUUUCAUCCACAAUUUUAACUGAUGAAGAUUUCAAAAAGAUGGAGAAGCUGCAAAUGCAAAAAGAAAUCGUGGGAGUAAGAAAGGGCAGUGCGAAAAAGCGAAAAGCUUCCGAAGCUCUAGAUGUCGUCGCUGGACAAAUAAACGAACUUGUCGACCUUUCUGCAAUUGAGAAUAUUCAUUCAAAACGUCGCCACGACAAGGAGGCUCGUCUCGAAUCUGUACGCAAAGGGCAGGAAGGUCGGGACAAGUUUGGGAGUCGGAAGGGAAAAAUGAAUCCCUAUGCGAGCACUUCAAAUGCAGAGAAGCGAAAGGGGAAAAACUUUAUGAUGUUGAAACACAAGAUUAAAAUCAAAAAGAAGAAAUCAUUCAAGGAGGCACAAUUCAGCUAUAGGAGGACAUUGGAAAAGACGAGGAAACGGAUGUUGAAGAGCAAGUAGUAAUAUUUUGCCUUCAUAAUUUAAAUUUCUUCGUAAGCUAUUCACGUAAACGAAACUACAACUUUAUUUGACAAAUAUUGCUAUUUUAUGUGACGUUAUUACUUUGACAUUAGCGAGCUAACACCGGAAAUUGAGGUUUAUCAAUAAAUUAAUGUUUGAUAUUAAAAAUAACCA